CCCCGGGGGGUGUUGGAGGGCGGCCGGGGCCGCGUCGAUACGAGCCCGUGCACGCAGCACAGGGCAGAGUUGUGUAACCGCACGUGGCUGCUCCCCGGGGGCACCUCUCCCUGUCCCACCGGGCUGCCCCCUGCCCCAGCGCCAGGCUCCUGCGCUCCGCGCCCACCCGAUGCCACUGCGGCCACCCAUCCGUGCCGGGGUGCUGCGCGACAUCCAGGUCUGCAUCUCCAAAAGGUGUUGGGAAGCGUGAGCAGGACCUCGGGGUUAGGUAGCCAGCAUCAUGCCGUUGUCUUUGUCCCCCAGAUCUUCCCGUUCUGGUGUUUGGUUGCUGGGGGAAUGAUGCCCUUGCGUCUCGCCGAGCCGUGCGUGCUCGCGCAGUGGUGUGUGGGCUCACGACACCGAGCUCUGCGCUUGCCCUGUUUGUUGUGGGGUCACCCAGGAGCACACAGGGAAGCUGUUUUUGUAGGGCUGGCCAAAAAGGAAGUAUUCCUGGCUUCUACUUCGGUGCUUUUCUGAUCCUGCAGAGUGCACCUGUGCAAGCCACCCGAAUACUGACCUGGGCUGUGCAAACGGGCAGAGGAGCAAAGCAGCUGGGUGUGCGCCGAGCCUCGCUGGCUUAAAAAUGACAUUUUUAAUACCCCCAUCUCUCUGCCUGUCCUGUCUGCAGCUGCAGGCCCGUUAACCAAGUGAUGCACAGGAGCGCCUGAGGCUGGGGCACAGAAAUAAUGAGAACGGAGUUAUUUUAGGGACUCCUACAUCUGCCUUUGUAGCGAUCCCCGUUUGUGCAGGGCUUCCCAAACGAGGUGGGUGCCUGUGCUCGCGUGGUCCCAGCCUGGCAGAUGCCAAAAUUGGGCAGGGAUUUGAUGUCUCCCUGCCGGGCCCCUGGGGCUGGUACCUGGGGGCAAGGAACGAGGGGGAUUAAUGGAGCUGCUGAUCCCUGAUGGUGCAGGGGGCCGGGGAGCAGCGAGCCCCCAUGGCGUUGCACAGCUCCUGCACUAAAUCUUCCCUGCAUCAGAUAAAGAUGUCGUCUUGUGCCCCAAAAACUCCUGCCCUGCCUGGAUAAUGUUUUUUUGGGGUUGUUUUUGCAGUUUUGGGGUGCCUGGCUGCCCACUGAUGGUACAGUGGGGUGGGGAGGGCAGGAACCUGGCGCUCCUCAGCCCAGCAUCUUGCCGGCUAUCCCCGGGAAGGAAACUCCUCCGAUGGGGAAUGGCACCCUUACAGGGAGCCCUGGGAGGAUGUGAGGGGCAGGGAGACUCUUGAAGUGGGCAGAGCCCUGAGCUGGGGGAAGGAUGGGAGCAGCAAAGCUGUGCAAAGGCCCCUUUCGUCUUGGAGAUGCCAGGCAACACUGUGCAUGCUUGUCAGCCCCAACAGAAAAGGAAGGUGUUUUUUCUUCUUCCCCUGGGAAAGGCUUGAAGAUGUCUUUUGGAUCAUGGCUGGCAUUAAAUUGCAAGUUCAAAGAACCCAAGUCCUGCCUUGGGCCACCGCUUGCCUUGUCCCUGCCUGGUGUCCAAUUUUUGAAUGUGUUGCAUCCUCCAGGCUGCUCCUUCACCUCCUGAAAACCUCUGCAAUCCCUUUCAAGCUGCUCCUCUUCCAUUCCCCUGAGACCAGCCAUAUCCUGAGCACGUUCCCACUGAAGUAUCUCAGCCUUUCCACCGCCAAAGGCUCUCCCUUCGCCGCCACCGCCGCUUCGCUCCCUACCAUUAGCGAUCGCACCGAGGGCGAGCGUCCCCCCUCGCUGCCGCUGGCUCCCCACGGCCGCAGCCGAGGUGCCAGAUCCUGGACAUGUAGGGAAAAGGAGUGGCUGAAAUCUGAGCCUGCAGCAAUUAGCCGGGAGCGCGGCGAAGUCCCCGCCGGCCGCGGCGUCGGGCUCAGCAUCUGCCUCGUCCCCGGCUCGGCCGCUCGCGCUGCCUCCAACGCAGGAGCCUCUCACGGGAUCCGCGUGGUGACGUGGCCGCCAAGACGUGGAAGCCUGGGACUUCUCUUCCACCGCAACAGAAUUUGGGGGGUGGGCAGGGGUGGGCCAGGGGGACGCCAGGAGUCGUGAGACCCUUCACCUUCACUGUGGGCUUGGCUCAGGGAUGACUGCAGGCAGAGUCAACCCCUACAGCAUUGUGUCCUCUGAGGAAGACGGGCUGAGGUUGACCACCAUGCCAGGGAUCAACGGCUUUGGCAAUGGGAAAAUCCACACCAGGAGGAAAUGCAGGAACAGGUUUGUAAAGAAGAAUGGUCAGUGCAACGUGGAGUUCACCAACAUGGAUGACAAGCCGCAGAGGUACAUUGCAGACAUGUUCACCACGUGCGUUGACAUCCGUUGGAGGUAUAUGCUCUUGCUCUUCUCCCUGGCGUUUCUGGUGUCCUGGUUAUUGUUUGGGCUGAUUUUCUGGCUAAUUGCACUCAUUCAUGGAGAUCUAGAAAACCCAGGUGGAGACGAUACCUUCAAGCCUUGCGUUCUGCAGGUCAAUGGCUUUGUGGCUGCUUUUCUGUUCUCCAUUGAGACCCAAACGACUAUUGGUUACGGCUUCCGCUGCGUGACAGAGGAGUGCCCGCUCGCUGUCUUCAUGGUGGUUGUUCAGUCCAUCGUGGGGUGUAUAAUUGACUCUUUCAUGAUUGGUGCAAUAAUGGCAAAGAUGGCCAGGCCCAAAAAGCGGGCCCAGACAUUACUUUUCAGCCAUAACGCGGUAGUGGCAAUGAGAGAUGGGAAACUCUGCCUGAUGUGGAGAGUGGGGAACCUCCGGAAAAGCCACAUAGUAGAAGCCCACGUACGAGCUCAGUUAAUUAAGCCCAGGAUCACGGAAGAAGGGGAGUACAUACCGCUCGACCAAAUAGACAUCGACGUGGGGUUUGAUAAAGGCUUGGACCGUAUCUUCUUGGUGUCCCCCAUUACCAUUCUCCACGAGAUCAACGAAGACAGCCCGCUGUUCGGGAUCAGCCGCCAGGACUUAGAGACGGACGACUUUGAGAUUGUGGUCAUCCUCGAAGGCAUGGUGGAAGCCACCGCGAUGACGACGCAAGCUCGGAGCUCCUACCUGGCCAGCGAGAUCCUGUGGGGCCACCGCUUCGAGCCCGUCUUGUUCGAGGAGAAAAACCAGUACAAAGUAGACUAUUCCCACUUCCACAAAACCUAUGAGGUCCCGUCCACCCCCCGCUGCAGCGCCAAGGACUUGGUGGAGAACAAAUUCCUCCUGCCGAGCACCAACUCCUUCUGCUACGAGAACGAGCUGGCCUUCAUGAGCCGCGACGAGGAUGAGGAGGACGAUGACAGCAGGGGUUUGGAUGACCUGAGCCCGGACAACAGGCACGAGUUCGACCGGCUUCAAGCGACGAUAGCGUUGGAUCAGAGGUCGUACCGGAGGGAGUCGGAAAUAUGACUCUUGGUCCUCUCACUGACUUUUCCGAGGGUAUUUUUUUUCCUCCUCUAAUCUCUUCCCCUACAACCCGCUCAAAUUAUGCAGAACAAUGCAAGUGCCAUAGGAAUGCUUGAGAAAUUAGUGUUGUUCCUAGUUUUCAGUUUCAUCGCAAUAACCACUGAGCGGUCUGCAGGAGGGGAUGGGGCAGGCACGGGCGCUCCCCGCACCCUGGGGACGCGGAGGGGCCCCGGGCGUGUGCGUGCCCAGCACCAGCUGCAGGGCUGGGCUCUCCCUGCGGGGAAAGCACGAGCGUUUUCUUGGAGCCGAGAUCCAAAAAGAGGAAAUAUCAGGAAACAAAUCUUUCUCUCUUUCUUUCUUUUCCUUUUCUUUUUUUUUUUUCUUUUUUUUUUUGUUUUGUUUUGUUUUUAAACUGAGCAGCAACAACAAAAACAAUUGCUCCUUCCGGCAGGCAGUAUGAUUCAGUUGCACAAGAUCAACACUUGAAAUAACAUACAAUGUUAACGUACUUCUUUUUAAUUUGGGGAAAAGGGAGGGGAGGGAGGUGAGAGGGUUUUUAAUUUUUUCAACGUAACGUUUGGGAGACUGUUUACCAAAAUAAUAAUGACAAUAACAAUAAUAAUAAUAAUAAUAAUAAACCUGAAAGGAGUGAUUCGGUAUUUUUUAAAAGUGAGCAAGGGAACGAAUAAGUCACCAAGGUCCUUUGAGGGGUGACUUGCUGGGCAGAUGCAAGAGCUUGAAGCCAAGAUGGCAUCCGAUUUUCGGGUGUGCUUUUUUUCCACUGGCACGGCUUCAUAGGCAGAAAAUAGACGUAAGUGGCUGCAGGUCCGUGGCAGCGAAAGCGAGUAGCAUAAUUACUGGCAAAGUAGCUAAUAGGGAAAAGCCAGACUGCUAUAGAAAGAAUCUUUGUAAACACAAUAAUUAGCCAAUUUCUGGAAAUAUUGAUCUUCAGGGUGGAAAUUGGGUCUGGGGCAUCAGCUGCUGAAGUGCUGUGUCUCUGGUGGGGAAUUCAUAACUUUCACCGUAACUAGGAUGACAUAAUGAAAAGCACAAAGGGCAGACUCGAAAGCUCUCAAAUUCAGGUAUUUCCCCACUUCACCAAAAAAAA